CCCUUUGAACUUGGUUCUGCGCUUACUCAUUUCCUCUUCGGAUCUCAUUCAACUUUAUCAUGGCAUUUGCUACCGGCUAUUCUAAGGAAGACUCCCUCUCCCUCUCUGACUUGGCCUUUGAGAUGGAGUUCGUGGAUUCCGAAGGCAUCGAGCAGAGCGUGUGUGCUCUUCAUUCCUAUGGACACUCCAGCAACGAGUGGGAGGAAUUUGUCAGCAGAGGACGCGACUGCUAUGCGAGUGAUGCUGAUGAACAAGAAUCUCAAAUCAACGACGAUGAUCUGUUGGAAUUGCUUGCACUGAAGGGUCCGGGAAGGAUUGUGGAGCGAUCCCCGACCUGUUUGGUAGAAGCAAACUUGAGGUUUGAUAACUGGCAUUCAAACGAUUCUUCCCUUUGUGGGAAAACUCCGUCAAAUGUGGUGACCAACCUGAGAGCUCUUCAAUUGUAGAAUUCUUUCAGGGCAUGUACAUAUGUGUUUCAUUUUGUGAUUUGAUUAAAAGAAUUCUGUGAUCAUC